ACAUACCCUUACUCUCGAACCUUCUUCUUCCUUCCUGUUUAUUCUCAUCUCUCAGCAAUUCUCACUCAAUUGCAGAGCAAAAAAGGAAAGAAAAAAUGGCGCAAAUGGUGAGAAACAUGAGGGUCCCACCAAAUUCAGUUACUUUAUCAGAGGCUAAGAAGAGGACAUUAGAAUUCUUUAGGUUGUGUUGCAGAUCCAUCCCUGAAAUUAUGGAUAUUUACAACUUAUACGAUGUCGUUUCGCCCUCUCAACUCCGUUCCGCUGUAGCUGCUGAAGUUCGUAAAAAUUCCAACGUUACUAAUCCUAAGGUAAUUGACAUGCUGCUGUUUAAGGGCAUGGAAGAGCUGAAGAACUGUGUGGACCACUCAAAGCAGAGGCACCAUCUUGUUGGCAAAUACGUCGUAGGUAACCAAGGUCUUGUUCAGGACCUUGGACACAAAGAUCAGGGUGCCUCUAAUUUCCUGAAAAACUUUUACAGCAGCAACUACUUCUAGAGUUCUUUGUAGAACUUUGUUUUCUGGUGGGUGAAGUUCCCAAAUAAUGAUGUCAUUUGCUUGCAUCCUACUCUUGGAUAAAUAUAUCUGCUCUUUAUUGGUAAUGAGUACUCUUCUAGAACAGGUUGUUAUGUUGUCUGCUUUGAGAUGGAGACAUGCUCUUUGUUGUUUAUCAUGUAAGAGUUACUCUAUUACUGUCACAUCUGAAGGAAAAAGUGUGAGCCUCUUAAUUA